GAGCUGCUUGCUGAGGGGUUUCUCUCAGCUCCAUAACAAACAGCUCCCCAACUUACCAUUCAGUACUUGCCACGAAUUUCGUCAGAUUGUGAGAGACCGAUAUCCCUGUGACCCGGGGGUUACCUAAUAUUCUCCUCGCAUUCCUUCCAAGCAGCUUGCCAUGGUUCAUCAUGCUAUCGGCUUCAAUGACCUUCCCCCGGAGCUGCACCACCUUGUUGCAGAAGAAAUCACGGAUACCCAAACUUUAUUAGCGUUAACCUUCGUAUCUCAAAAUAUCCAUAUUGCCUACACCCCCGAGUUAUUUCAAUCCGUCGACAAGGUAAAGGGAUUGAUUACGCUUGCUACAGCUCAGAAUGAAAGAUACCCUCUCCGAGACACACAUCCAGCUGCCUUUGUCAGACAUCUGGACAUAUGGAUUCCACACGAGGACUUGGGGGACCCAGAAGCACAUCGAAAAGAAGUCAAGCUUACCCGUAUCGUGCAAGAACACAUGCCACGAGCAUUGCACAAUAUCUCCCUAUAUGGCGGGAAGGCAGCAUUACGGUCAUUGACAAUUGAUUUACACAUCGGGACAACAAGUUUUGCAAAACUUAUUGGGAAUAUAGAUGAGGGCAAGGAGCUUUUUGGGUCUCUCCAGCAGCUUUCUAUCCGCUGCUGUUUUCCGGUAAACGAUUUUAGGCAGAGUCUGGCUAAACUGAAAAUGGCCCUCGGUCCUUCACUACGAUCUAUUGAGUUCCACAGGCCCUUGGACGACGAAGCAGAUCCUCGCUCAUUCUCCAAGUUUCUAAACCAAGUUGGCGAACGUUGCGGUAAUUUGACUAAACUUUGCAUCGAAGUUCCCGGCGGGCAGAGAAAGCCUUUCCAUGAUCUUCAAGCCCAAUUCGAUGAUAGAGCUUUUACCUUCCCAUCGCUUGAGGUGUUUUCGCUUACUGACAGAAGAAGCUUCUCCCAGUCCGUGGAACACACCCGAGCGCUCGAUAUCACGACCUUCAUUCAACGCCACCGAGAUAUUAGAGAAUUAGCUUAUCACUGUCUCCAUGAGAUGUCCUUUACUGAAAAUCAAGACAUAGUCCCAAAGUUGACACGAUUCAGUGGGUAUCUACCAGAGGCGGGGAAGUUGUGUAAAAAUGGUAGACGACCACUAGAGUCACUGGUGGUCUUAAUUGACAGAAGAUCCAACGAAGUGGUGGAAAGAGACGAGCUCUAUAGGGAUCUGAGGCAAACAGCUACAAUUCGCCGACUAAUCGUAAAGGACACUCGUCACCAUCAGCUCUUUGUUGAAGGGAUCUGUUCAUAUGAUAUUCACACCAUCGUAGAAGCUUGUCCGAAUCUAACUCACCUUCAAUGUACAUUCAAUCAGAGCGCAACGGCUACACUUCUGGAGAGUAUGCUCGUUCUUAGAAACCUUUCAGGACUUGAGCAUUUGAAGAUACUCACAGUGCAGGGAUUCUGUGGUUUUUUUAAGAAUCAACAUGACGAGACGUUAAGGCACGCGGACCUCCAUAGAUUUGCAGAAUCGUCAGGACGCAAACUCACGCUCAAAAUUCGGGAAGCACUCAACCAACACCAGACGCUCCAGACUGUACUUGUAGUGGUGUAUGGGUGGUUUGGUCAGCCAAGGCCACUUUUUGAAAGACCCCCAAUCGAAGUACGUUUUGCUUUCCGCAAAAAGAAUGAUGGAUUCCACAUCGAACGUCAGAUCGACAACAAAGAGUGGGAUUUUGGGUCGCCAACCCGUCGCACUGAAAUACUUCAGAGGCAAUAGAGAGAUGAAGCUGUUGAAUAGUGCUGAAUACAUUGUAUUGCGCUUCGGGUCGUAAAGAAAACCUCCGCCAGGAUAUAAGCGUCGGAGGUGUGAUUCCUCUGAUGAGGUUCAAUCUAUGAACACGAACAUUUGAUACCAAUAGCACUUUA